AUGGACUCUGCUUUUGCUGCCAUGACUGGCCCUCCGGCCCCAGCCGUCACAUUUGCACCUCUUCUGAACAAUGUCGUCCACUUGGCGGCUGACAUGGACGCCUGCAAUACCGUGGCUGAUCAUGUUCUUGAGUGUGCCGAUAGCUUGGGUGGCCUGACCAAUAUCUUCAAUGUCCCGGAGGAAGACCUGAUUGCUUGCGUCUGUUGCGAUUCCGGGACACUCCUGGCGGACGGUUACUCGAGCUGCUACGAUUACUUGACUGACGCGCCAGGCUACGCAGCCACAGACUACGAGCCAUACGGAGUCUUCUACACCGUCUGCAACGCCGAAGGUUCAUGUGCUGCUUCCGGUACAACAGCAACCACCACCGAGGAAGACGACGCCUCUAUGACAACAAUGCCCGACUCCGACGAAGGGCCCGUCACCGCCACUGUUAGUAUUGACGUGACAACUAUCGCCUCUGAGGAUUACAUGCCGACCACCACCGAGCCGGCUGAAUGUUGGGACAUGAUCUCCAUGUUUGAUGCGUGUGAAGCGGAAACAGCCGGCUUCUCUACCAUGCCGUUUGCCGCGCAGGCAUCCUGUUAUUGCUGCGGUAGCUCCGGACAAUGGACCGACGAGAUCGACUCGUCCGCCUCUGUAUGUGCCGAUUGGGCAAGCACAGGCGAACCUUACACCGUCUAUCCUGUCGCAACACGCUUCGCCACCUUCUGCGACGACUAUGAUGACGUGUGCGAGUCUCAGGAGACUGAAAUGCCUACUGUCACCGACGACGACGAGGACAAUGAGCUAACUAGCACGGGCGAUGAGGAUUCGGAAGAGGACAAUGAGCCAAUUGACACGGGCGAUGAGGAUGUGGAAGAGCCUCCUGAUAACCGUGAUGCAGCUGUGUCGGUUAGAGUAGGGUACGGCGCUGCAGCGGUGGCUGCGCUCGCGCUCGGGAUGGUUAUCUGA